GAAAUCAAUGCGACGUUGCGUGCGCCUCUUAUCCACUCGCAAUUCCCCACAAUCCUCGUUGUUGUUCGCCCAACCGCUCCGCCUUUCAUUCCCAUUCCUUCCCCUACAAACGCCUCGCCUCCCUUCUCCCUCGUCUUCUUCAAUUCAUGACAACGCCCCCUUUUCGAUCCCGAUCAUCUCGUUCUUCAACAUCCUAUACAAUCAUCUUAUCCCCACUUCAAUUUCCCACAAUUUCCCACCAACCCCACUUCCCAAUUCCUCUUACCCUCUUCAAUCCAAGCGAUUUCAAGAGAUUUGUCCUCGAUUUUAAUGGCCGACGCUCUCAGCAAGAUCAGUUUUUCCCCCUCUCGCCCUUCCUUUUCUCCUCACCAUCUUCCUCCGCCGAUUUAUGGCCUUAAAUCCGUCAUUUCUUCUUCGAAUCCCUCGACUUGGAAACGGCUUUCUCUGAAAUUACCAUCCGCUUCGCUGUCUUUUUCGAGCCGUGACUCCUAUGGCGGAAGAAUUGAGUUUAGAGAAGCUAAGGGCAUCUCCAGGAAUUCUACUUCUCCUACACGGUCUUCGACGAUAUCCCAUAGUGGGUUUCGAACUCCAAAAGCUCAGAAAUGGUGGGAAAAGGGGUUAGAAGCUAAUAUGAAAGAGGUGAGCAGUGCAGAGGAGCUUGUGGAUUCUCUUUUAAAUGCCGGGGACAAGCUUGUUAUUGUGGAUUUCUUCUCCCCUGGUUGUGGUGGCUGCAAAGCUCUUCACCCAAAGAUAUGCCAAUUUGCUGAGAUGAAUCCAGAAAUCCAAUUUUUGCAAGUGAACUAUGAAGAGCACAAAUCUAUGUGUUAUAGUCUUGGUGUUCAUGUGCUGCCCUUCUUUCGCUUCUACAGAGGUGCUCAGGGUCGUGUUUGCAGCUUUAGCUGUACUAAUGCGACGAUAAAGAAAUUCAAGGAUGCAUUAGCCAAGCACAACACGGAGCGAUGCAGCCUCGGCCCGACCCGAGGGUUGGAGGAGAAAGAACUCAUGGCACUUGCCGCUAACAGAGAACUCUGUUUCAACUACACCCCAAAGGCAGCAGAAGAGGUCCCCAUCCCCAUCACCAUCCAUGCCCGUGCCCAUGCUGGAAGUGUAAAAAUAUCAGAAUCAGAGCCAUCGCGUCUUCCUCUACCCUCAACCAUCCUCCUGAAGUCUGCUGCCCAAACCUCCAAGGGCAAUGCCUAUGUGGGAUGAAGCAUCCUAUCCUAUCCUUAAUACCUGUGCUCUUCUUGCCUGUAAAGAUAAUAGAUGCACCAAAUUUGUAGGGUUUUCUUUUUUGGCUUGGAUCCCUACCUCUGCUGUGUGAUUAAUAUUUAUACAUAUAUAGUGUUACCCGUUGUCUCUACACGGUUGUAUAGACCUUCUCUGCAAAGUUAUGAAUACAGAACUUGUGAAACAUUGUAAUUACUCAAAUAAUCAAGAAACUUAUGAGUACCACUCAUAUGAUUCAAUG